GGAGAGCAGAGCCAGAGUCAAAAACAAGAGGAAGCAGCCGCACAAAGACAGAGGAGGAGGACGCAGGAAGAGGGUGAUUAUCUUGAUGUCAAGCUGGCCUGGAGGUUGUUUUUUAAAAUACAUUAUCAAAGGGCAUCGUAUCUUUAAUCCUCUGCGCUGAUUUGAGGCAGUGAAGUGGACCUGAACGCAGCCCAGAGCCAUAAGACUGACCGUCUUGGACACACGUGCUGCCGAGCUGCUGCUGCCGCCGCCGUCUCAAGAUGUCGAGAGAUGAACGCAGAUAGCCGGGAGGAAAAGUCUGAAUAUUCGUUCUCGAGACUAAAAGCUGUAAAGGGUGUGAAAUCUUGGCUUGAGAAAACAUUUUUUUAAGUUAUUAACAACUAAAAACGAACAAUGGGAUCCGACACUCCCGAGGAGGGAUGCAACGGUGACUCCCGGCCGGCGAAGUCCGGAGCGUCAGAGGAGUCGAUGAAGCUGAAGAAGGAGAUCUCCCUCCUGAACGGCGUCUGCCUCAUCGUGGGGAAUAUGAUCGGCUCGGGGAUCUUCGUCUCGCCUAAAGGCGUCCUCAUCCACAGCGCCUCCUACGGCCUGUCCCUCCUGGUGUGGACCAUCGGCGGGAUCUUCUCCGUGUUCGGGGCGCUGUGCUACGCCGAGCUGGGGACCACCAUCACCAAGUCGGGGGCCUCCUACGCCUACAUCCUGGAGGCCUUCGGCGGCUUCCUGGCCUUCAUCCGCCUGUGGACGUCGCUGCUGAUCAUCGAGCCGACCAGCCAGGCCAUCAUCGCCAUCACCUUCUCCAACUACAUGGUGCAGCCCAUCUUCCCCUGCAUCGCUCCGUACUUAGCCAACCGGCUGCUGGCUGCUGCUUGUAUCUGCCUGCUGACCUUUGUGAACUGCGCCUAUGUGAAGUGGGGCACCCGGGUCCAGGACUUCUUCACGUACGCCAAAGUAAUCGCUCUCAUCGCUGUGAUCAUCACUGGCCUGGUGAAAAUCGGACAAGGACACACUCAGAACUUUGAGGGCCUGUUCGAUGGCUCGUCUCAGGACCCUGGCCACAUCGCUCUGGCUCUGUACUCGGCCCUGUUCUCCUAUUCCGGAUGGGAUACGCUCAACUUUGUCACCGAGGAGAUCAAGAACCCAGAGAGGAAUCUGCCGCUGGCCAUCGCCAUCUCCAUGCCCAUCGUCACCGUCAUCUACAUUCUGACCAACGUGGCGUACUACACCGUCCUCCCCAUCAACGCCAUCCUGGACAGCGACGCCGUGGCGGUGACGUUUGCAGAUCAGGUGUUCGGCGUGAUGAACUGGACCAUCCCUCUGGCCGUGGCGCUCUCCUGCUUCGGGGGGCUGAACGCCUCCAUCCUGGCCUCUUCCAGGCUGUUCUUCGUGGGCUCUCGAGAAGGCCACCUGCCCGACUCCCUGUGCAUGAUCCACGUCUACCGCUUCACUCCCGUCCCCGCGUUGCUCUUCAACGGCGUCAUGGCGAUCAUAUACCUCUGCGUGGAGGACGUCUUCAGGCUCAUCAACUACUACAGCUUCAGCUACUGGUUCUUCGUCGGUUUGUCCAUUUUGGGUCAGCUGUAUCUACGCUGGAAGCAGCCAGACAGAAAGAGGCCUCUUAAGCUCAGUCUCUUCUACCCGAUAGUUUUCUGCCUCCUCACCGUCUUCCUGGUGGUGGUGCCUCUCUACAGCGACACCAUCAACUCCCUGAUCGGCAUCGGCAUCGCCCUGUCGGGCGUGCCCGUCUACUUCCUGUGCUGCUACACGCCGGCGCAUAAGAGACCCCUGUGGAUCCGGAGAUACAUCGCUAAAUUCGGCGUGCUGAUUCAGAAAGUGUGCUACUCCGUUGUGACUGAGAUGGACAAGGAGGAGUAGAAGCACCGAGCCAGAGACUCCUCCCCCCACCGCCUCACUUUAAAGAGUUCCAGUCUGGACUGGUGUCUGCUGACCCCCCCCCCCCUCCACCUUGAGGACUGGACGCACAGAUGUCUGGGCUCAAGCCCGGCGCAGCUCUCUGACCAGCGCUAACGUGCAGACGUGUGUGAGCGAAGAUCGAUCACAAAACUUCACUCCGGCCAAGUGCGGGGAGUCGAUUUUUAAAAACGCUCCCCAGAAGAAACCAACACCUGUUUCUUCUUUCACUUGAACACGUUAGGAUGUAUUAAUUUAACGCCAAGACAACUAUUUUGUGUAAAUUUCAUGUUUAGAGAAAUUUUAGAAAGAGAAAAAAAAAGUAAAUCCUUAAUAGGACACUUUCCAGAGAGGAGUCUGUAUUAGUCUGUAUUAUAUUGUCAUUUGCACAAGACGUGAGAGAAAACGAAGUCGCUGCAUUGACUCACAUGGAAGGAAAUAUUCAUAAAGUUUUAUAAAGGAAUAUUUUACACAGAUCAGCUCUUUUUCUGUAUAUUAAUGUGAGAAAGUUGAAAACAGUUGAGUUUAAACAUUUAUUUAUAAUAAAAACUGCUUGUUGACGACA